GGCAUUUAGUGCCAUGUGAUUCUGCUCGGUGGAAGGCGUAUGAGAGUUCGAAAUUUUAUAAGAACUUCGAUGUUAUAGAACUCGAUCCAAAUCUCUGAUAGUCAACGGUCCCCUGCUUCCGAGAUGAAGAAGAAGGUUCUCCUCAUGGGGAAGUCGGGGUCUGGGAAGACCAGCAUGCGAUCCAUCAUAUUCGCCAACUAUAUCGCAAGGGACACGAGACGUCUGGGACCAACGAUCGACGUCGAACACGCUCAUGUGCGGUUUCUGGGGAACUUAGUUUUGAACCUCUGGGAUUGUGGAGGGCAGGAAGUCUUCAUGGAGAAUUACUUCCAAGCUCAACGCGACACGAUUUUCUCGAGUGUUGAGGUUCUCAUAUACGUAUUCGAUGUAUCCUCCAUGGAGUGUGAGAAGGAUCAUGAAUAUUACCAGAGCUGUCUCGAAGCGAUUCUGUCGAACAGCCCGUCGGCGAAAGUUUUUUGUCUUGUGCACAAAAUGGAUUUAAUUUCGGAGAAAGAUCGACAGAGUGUUUUUGAUGGCAGAGUUUCGACAUUGAAAAAUUUGUCCCGACCUAUAGAACCUAUUUGUUUCCCAACAUCAAUCUGGGAUGAGACUCUGUAUAAGGCCUGGUCCUCGAUCGUCUAUACGCUAGUACCCAACGUAGAGAAACUCGAGAGAAGUCUCAACAAAUUCACUCAGAUCAUCAACGCCGAUGAGGUCCUCUUGUUCGAGAAAGCUACGUUCUUAAUAAUUUCUCAUCAACAACAAAGGGAGCAUCAAGAUAUCCACAGAUUCGAGAAGGUAUCGAACAUCAUCAAGCAAUUCAAGCUGAGCUGUUCGAAGCUGGCGUCUCAAUUCCACUCAAUGGAAGUACGAAAUUCAUCUUUCGCGGCGUUCAUUGAAAUGUUUACCCAGAACACAUACGUCAUGGUCAUCAUGUCGGAUACGAGCACGCCUUCGGAAUCUGUUCUUCUGAACAUCCGGAACGCCAAGAAGCACUUCGAUAAGCUCGACGGAGUUCGAGCCGGCACCAGCAACAACCAACUUCGAAAAUAGCGGAGUCCCGGGAAAUCUCAUUUAACGACUCAAUACGUCCGGACCAUCGAUCAAGGCACUUUAUUCUCCCAUGACUCGGGUGCUCUGUUGUGAAGCUUUAGUUGUGGACGAUAUUUUUUGAAGAGCCGUGGUCAGCGAAUUUUAAUGUGGAAGUACUUGGACGACACUCUCAGGACAACUCGUUGCCAAAGAGUCCGGACCCCACGAAGCUAGUGUCCGAGCAAGAUCCCAUGUUAUCCCGAGCUACUGAGAAUGUUUGUAGGGCAUGUGGGGAAGUCGCAAGGAUGUCGGCUGAGCUCCAACCCGGUAUGUAAUAAAGGGGAGAACGGUUUUACUCCAA